AUGUCUAUUUUCCGUUCAAUCAAGCCAGACCAAAAUCACUUUCCUUCCCCAAUAAUUCCUCCAACACUUUCCAUCUCUGAUUUUAUCGAUACACUUACCCCACGCGAAAACAAUCUCAUAUUCAACCCACCAUACGACCUUCAAACUUCUCUCGAAGAUCUUCUUUGUUCCACGCGGUAUCAACAAUUAAUUCGAACCAAAAGAAAGCCACCUCGUCCAGCUAACGCAUGGAUUUUAUUUCGUAAAAAUUUCGCAAACGAAUAUCGUAUACAAAAUCUCGGCAAGUGCACAAUGCAGAAAAUUUCCAAGCUCGCCAAAGAUAAAUGGGAUAUUCAAUCAGAUGCUGUCAAAGACUAUUUCGCCACGCUUGCUAAAUUGGCUCUACUACAACACAAAGCUACGUAUCCCGA